UUCAAAAUUUCGUAUUUACACUCAAAUUCUUUCUUUUUAAGUAUAAACAUCACAGUUGGUCUUCAUUUGUCUAGGAUUGUUCUGUUUUGAAUUCUUCCUAGUAUAGUGAAGUACUAAGUUUCUGACCAGUUUUUGGUGAAGGGUUUUGAUUUUUAAGUAGUGGGUUUCGUUUAGUUGAUUGGAAUUUGAGUUCACGGUGAAGAAAUUUUAAGAUAGGAAUGGGCUCAAAAGAAAUCAAGUCACCUGGUGAGUGCAUGGAGACUACUACUCCUGUUAGAGGGGGGAGUUCAGACUCGCUUCAUAGAAAGAAGCUUGGGGUGUAUUUCGUAGAGAGUGACGAUAGACGAACAGCGAUAGGUGGAGGUUAUGUUCUUACAAGAGGAACCACUCCUGUUAAUAUCCAUGGAAAACCUAUUACCAAUUUGUCGAAAACUGGGGGUUGGAUUGCUGCGUUCUUCAUUUUCGGUAAUGAGAUGGCAGAGAGAAUGGCUUAUUUCGGACUUUCCGUUAAUAUGGUGGCCUUUAUGUUUUAUGUGAUGCAUCAGCCGUUUUCAAGUUCGGCUAAUGCUGUGAAUAAUUUCUUGGGCAUAUCACAGGCUUCAUCCGUGCUUGGUGGGUUUCUUGCUGAUGCAUAUCUUGGGAGAUACUGGACGAUAGCGAUAUUCACAACAAUCUAUCUUGCGGGUUUGACAGGAAUCACCAUAUGUGCCACUAUGAGUGUAUUUGUGCCAAAUCAUGCUGAUUGUGAUCAGCUGUCCCUCCUUUUGGGGCACUGUGAGCAGGCAAAACCAUGGCAGAUGAUGUACCUCUAUACUGCUCUUUAUAUCACGGGAUUUGGAGCUGCAGGCAUUAGACCAUGUGUUUCUUCAUUUGGGGCCGAUCAAUUUGAUGAAAAUAGUAAAGAUUACAAGUCUCAUCUGGACAGGUUUUUCAAUUUCUUCUAUCUGUCUGUCACUGUUGGAGCAAUUGUAGCCUUCACUGUGAUAGUCUACAUUCAAAUGCAACAUGGUUGGGGAUCUGCAUUUGGCUCCUUGGCCAUAGCGAUGGGUGUUUCAAAUGCAGUGUUCUUUGUUGGUACUCCUUUAUAUAGGCACAGGUUGCCUGGUGGCAGCCCUCUGACAAGGGUUGCUCAAGUUCUGGUCGCCGCCUUUCGGAAGCGACAUAAAUCUUUCUCCAGUAGCGAGUUAGUGGGCUUGUAUGAGAUUCCAGGUAGACACUCAGCCAUUAAGGGAAGUGCGAAGAUAGCUCACACUGAUGAUUUUAGGUGUUUAGACAAGGCAGCCCUGCAACUAAAAGAGGAUGGUACUGAACUAAAUCCUUGGAGGCUAUGCACGGUGACGCAAGUAGAAGAAGUGAAGAUACUGAUAAAGCUUCUUCCAAUUCCAGCCUGCACCAUCAUGCUCAGUGUAAUUCUGACAGAGUUCUUGACUUUAUCAGUUCAACAAGCAUAUACUUUGAACACUCACAUGGGACAUUUAAAACUACCUGUUACAUGCAUGCCCGUCUUUCCUGGUCUUAGCAUCUUUCUCAUCUUAUCUCUCUAUUACUCGACCUUUGUCCCACUUUCUCGCCGCAUCACUGGUCACCCACAUGGUGCUUCUCAGCUUCAACGAGUAGGCAUUGGUCUGGCAGUAUCCAUUCUAUCUGUGGCAUGGGCUGCAAUUUUUGAGCGGUACAGAAGAAACUUUGCAGUUGAGAAUGGGUACGAAGCUAGUUUUCUUACCCCCAUGCCCAACCUAAGUGCAUACUGGUUGUUGAUUCAGUACUGUCUCAUUGGCAUAGCAGAAGUGUUUUGCAUAGUAGGACUCUUAGAAUUUCUCUAUCAGGAGGCUCCAGACGCAAUGAGAAGCAUAGGAUCUGCUUAUGCUGCUGUGGCAGGGGGUUUAGGUUGCUUUGUAGCUACUAUAUUGAAUAACAUCAUUAAAUCUGCUACGGGUAACGAAUACGAGGGGAAACCUACAUGGCUGGCUCAGAAUAUUAACACUGGUAGAUUCGAUAACUUGUAUUGGGUUCUCACGAUUCUGAGUGUCCUAAAUUUCUGUGUAUUCAUAUAUGCUGCAAAGAAGUAUAAAUAUAGGGUGGAACAGGUUGUAAAGCGUGGCGAGAGCGAUGUGCCAAUGGUAGUUAAUCCUAUGAGAGCAUAGUAAGUAACUACGAAAAGUGAAUCCUAUUAACUGUAAUAUCUCAAUCUAUUAUUUAAGCUAUUAGCUGAAUGUUCCAUGUAACAAACUCAAUGGUUAAUCUAAUAGUUCUAAGUUGAAAUGAUAUC